CAGCAAGCAACCCGACCCAACUCUAGCCUCACUUUCCCUUUCUUCUCUUUGUUCUCCACUACCCUACCCAGCCGCUGCCCGGCGCCCGACCAGCGAUCCAUCGGACCACCACCACCACCAGUCUUUCCAAGCAACGGAGCAAGACAGCACGCUGCUCGCACGGCCAGCACUCCACCGGACCACCACCACCCAUCUCGCCGACCGAACCAGCGCGGCCGCGCCCAAUCCCGACUCGGGCGGAUCUCUCUCUCUCUCUUCCAAUCUCUUCAAGGUUGUACUUAACUUGGUUUAGAGGAACAUUAUGGCUAGCACAGCAUGUUUUAUUAUCGUCAGUAGGAAUGACAUUCCAAUAUAUGAAGCUGAAGUGGGCUCCACAGUUAAGAAAGAAGAAGCUGCUCAUCAGCACCAAUUUAUCUUACAUGCGGCCUUGGAUAUUGUUCAGGACCUUGCAUGGACCACAAGUGCUAUGUUCUUGAAGGCAAUGGACCGGUUCAAUGAUCUAGUGGUGUCCGUAUAUGUUACUGCAGGUCAUACUAGAUUGAUGCUACUUCAUGAUUCUCGCAACGAGGAUGGGAUAAAAAGCUUUUUCCAAGAGGUCCAUGAGCUUUAUAUAAAGAUUAUUCUGAAUCCUCUAUACUUACCAGGAUCUCGCAUCACAUCAUCACAUUUCGACACAAAAGUUCGAGCCCUUGCAAGGAAAUAUCUGUAGCUGUUCAUUCGGUUGCUUUAAAUGUUGAGGUCAUGAUCCUUUUGAAUGGGAUCUUUUGGCUGUUUGGAUGUACAAGUGAAUCCAAUUGUGAAUUAAGUGGAGAUGACAAAAAAAAAGUAUGAUGUUUCCUACCAUACAUGAUGAAACGUAACCCUCAAAUUUCAGUUCCUUGCCUUCUAUGUCCAUCUUGAAAUUGAUGUAUUUUCCAUUCAGAGCCCAGACCCUCCAUAUGAAUGCUAGAGAAGGGAAUUGCAACUUUCUUCUCCCCACUUCAUAAGACUAAUGAUUGCAGCUCAAUUAGACAAUGCACCCAAAUGUUGCUUGUAUUUUAGUUGUUUCCCAUGUUUCUAGUGAUGAGGACAAUCAGCUGUUGAAUGGUUAGUUAUUUGUUCACAUGA